UUGAAAAGUUAGAGAAAGAACGUAGUGUUAUCCGAAACACCUGUCAGACAUUUGGUGUAAACAGUGUCGGACUUUUCAGUGGUCUUCCGUGGACAUUAUUGUUUGGAUCUUGUCAGAAGAAAGUUGUCUUACUUGCUGCGAUGAGUUUCCUAUUCGGUAGUCGUUCGUCCAAGACGUUCAAGCCGAAGAAGAACCUGCCGGAGGGUUCGCACCAGUACGAGCUGCUGAAGCACGCCGAGGCCACGCUGGGAAGCGGCAACCUGCGCCAGGCCGUCAUGCUGCCGGAGGGAGAGGACCUCAACGAGUGGAUCGCCGUCAACACGGUGGAUUUCUUUAACCAGAUAAACAUGCUGUAUGGCACCAUCACUGAGUUCUGCACUGAGAGCAGCUGUGCUGUAAUGUCUGCUGGGCCCAGGUAUGAGUACCACUGGGCCGACGGCACCAACAUCAAGAAGCCCAUCAAGUGCUCCGCUCCCAAAUACAUCGACUACCUGAUGACCUGGGUGCAGGACCAGCUGGACGAUGAGACACUCUUCCCCUCCAAGAUCGGAGUUCCCUUCCCUAAGAACUUCAUGUCUGUGGCCAAAACCAUCCUGAAGCGACUGUUCAGGGUCUACGGACACAUCUACCACCAGCACUUCGACUCAGUCAUGCAGCUGCAGGAGGAGGCGCAUCUCAACACCUCCUUCAAGCACUUCAUCUACUUCAUACAGGAGUUCAGUCUGAUUGAUCGCCGGGAGUUGGCUCCACUGCAGGACCUGAUAGAGAAGUUGGGCUCCAAGGACAGAUAGACUCUCAUUUGUCUGUGACUCACUGUUGACCUACAGCUGUCUAUUUGACUCUGCCUGCAUCUGGGUCUGUUUGUUACUCUAGACUGUGACUCCCUCUUUACCAGGGUCUGUCUGUGACUCCAUCUUUACCAGGGUCUGUCUGUCUGACUCUCUCUCUACCUGGUUCUGUCUGUGACUCCCUCUCUAUCUGGGGUCUGUCUGUGACUCCCUCUUUACCUGAGUUUCUCCAUCUCUGAGCUCAUUGAGUUCUUUUUUGUUUCACUCCUCUGGGGGCUGACAUCCAUCAGGUUUUCACCAUUUCAUUAGAAGAAAAAAGACAUCUCCCUCUCUCCCUCUCUUUCUCUCCCUCUCUCUCUCUCUCUCUCUCUCUGU